AGGUUCGUCAACAUGUUCUGUGGAGUCGGCUCCAUCCUCAACCUCCUCGUCAUCGCCGUCGACCGCUUCCGGAAGAUCUGCAGGCCCCUGAAGAGCCAGAUGCACGGCAAGGAGGCCAAACUGUCCAUCGUAGCCGUCAUAGGCGGAGCCUUGUUCUUUGCCUGGCCGUCCGCCGUCUUGCACGGCCUGAGGACGGCGACGACACAAGUGCCCGGACUUUACGGCCAGGACUGCUCCACGCCCAACGCUUUGGGCAAGACGAUGUGGCCGCUCGUCUACAGCGCGAUCCUGUUCCUGUGCUUCCUCGUCAUCACGGUGGCCCUGAUCGUUCUCUACUGCCUGAUCCUGAACAAGACGAGAAAGCACAUGCGCUACAUGACCAGAACUAAGGCGUCUAGCUGCUCCGGCUCCUCCCACUCUUACGACGAAGCGAGCGGCGAGAUAAAAUGUGACAAGGGCGUCAGGAUGGCGCUCAACUCGACUUUAUCCACAUCAACCAUUAUCGACAACAACAACGAUGAAACAUCUACGCGUCCCUCAUCUCUGAUAACGCCGAUGUCAAGCAUGCCUCCUUGCAUCGGAAGGUUGAGGUACCCACGACGUGAAUUAGAAAUUCCUGCUCUGAAAAUGCUUGGAUCUAAGCUGGCCUGUGACGUGAUAGAAUCACGUGGCCAUCAAAAGCGAUUGCUUUGUGAAGUCAACUCUCAAACCCAGGAAGCUAGCGGCAACACACAUCAGUCAACGUAUUCUAAUAGAGAAAAUCCAAAUAAUUUGGAGCUUCUGGCGUCUAAAGAGAAACCGGAAGUGGAUUCUAAAAGUAUCGAUCCUGAUUUAUCGGACUUUGUCCACGCGGAAUUAAAUAUUGAAACCGGAGAUUCUGAAAGGGCUACGGUUCGUUUCUCCAAUUUUUUAGACUGCGAGAACUGUGAGAAGUCUCCGUGCACCGAUAGUUCAGCUGAGCAAGACAGUUUUAAAGUAGAACCGGAAGUGGCGCGAAGAACACCAGAGAAAGCGAAAGUAGGGCGGUCGUCGCAGCUGAGGAGCAAGACCACGGCCAUAGCAUUUUGGAUCACUCUGGUUUUCAUUCUCAGCUUUCUCCCCUAUCUGUCACUGACGGUGCUCAAACUGCUGAUCCAAGGAUUCGAUUACAGUCUUGACGGAGCCGCGUUGGUGUUCUUCAACAUCGCACUCAGGUCGUAUUUCAUGAACUCGGUGUCCAACCCGAUCAUCUACGGUGUUAUGAAUGUCAAGUUUAGAGGGGAGGUGAAGAGAUUAAUAACGAGAAGGAUACUGCGUUGGCAUUAG